AUGGAUACUCAAAUAUUAGGAUAAGUUAACUUAUGCAAGGAAAAAUUAACUUAGGAAGGAUCUCCUUUAGAGACAAUUAUAGAAUUGAGGAAAAUGACUUCAAAGGAAGUCAGUCCUCCUCUUUAAGAGAUAAUAUAGUCAAAUGUUUGCACUUAGCUAAUAGCUAUAAUGGACAACACCACAAGCAAUGAAAUUAUCUUGGAAUCACUUUGGAUUCUCACUAAUGUGUGUUCAGGCAGUAGCAGUUAGACAUAAUAUGUUAUAAAUAUUGGCGGUAUCGCUACUUUCUUAAAGUACGUCUAACAUGAAAGCGAAGAUAUUAUGGCUCAAGCUCUUUGGGGUUUAGGAAAUAUUGCUGGAGAUAGUAGCAGCAGCAGAGAUUAAGUGCUCAAAUAAGAUGCUGUGACAAUUGUUCUCAAAUAAUUAGAAAGAAAAGACAUUAAAAUAGUCAACUAAAGAACUAUUGUUUGGGUUAUUUCUAAUUUUUGUAGAGGAAAGCCUUAGCCAAAAUACGAAAUAGUGCGUCCUUGUGUAUUUUAUUUGGGUAAAGCUUUAGAGAAAUACAAAAAUGAUCCAGAGAUUGUUGCUGAUUCUCUAUGGGGAAUAAAUUAUCUCAGUGAAACAGAGCUAGCAAUUGAUGAUUUAAUAAAUUAUGGAAUUUUAUAAAAUAUAUGUUAACACUUCUUGAAUUUUAAUUCAACCUCAACACUAACACCUGCAGUCAGAAUUAUAGGUAAUGUGGCAACUUCUAGAGAUAAUUAUGUUGAUAUUCUCCUUUAAUAGAAUAUUCUCCAACCGUUGAUACAGCUAUUUGUUCAUGAUAAAAAAGCAUACAGAAAAGAAUCUCUUUGGACUGUUUCAAAUAUUAUGGCUGGAACUUCUACCUAGGUUUAAAAGGUUUUAGAGCAACCAAAUUUCUAUCAGAAUUUAAUAAAUAAUGUGGGUUAAUAGCUAGAUAUUAGAAAAGAAAUGCUUUAUGUCAUGUCAAAUGGUUUAGGUCACUCUGCAGCCUGUUCUUUUUUCUUAAAAAAUGGCAUCUUAUAAGUGUUCUUUGAACAAUUUGAAGAAGGAGAUUCUAAAAUGAAAAUGGUUAUUUUAGAAGGGCUUCAGCUACUCUUGAAAUAUGUUAAUAAGAAUAAGAAAGUUUACCCCGUUUUAAACGGAAAGCUCCAAUAUCUUAAGAGUAUUGCUACAGAAACUAUUUAUUCAAAUAUGGCUGAUAAGUUAAAAGCUGUUUAUAAACUCUUGAGAAAUUAUGAAAAAAUAAAUCCUCCUGUAGAUGCAAUAAAUAGCUAACUUGAGAACUUGAAAAUAGACGAAUAACAAUAAAGAUAAACUGAAAGCUCUUACGAAACUAUUGACAAUGAAGAAGAUGACGAAGAAGACAUGGAUGAAGAGUUUGAAGAUUGCGAAGAUAUUGACGAAGAAGAAGAGCAAUAAAAUGAUGAAAUAUAAAAUAAUUUGAAUAAGCAAAAAGCACAAGGAGCAAAUGCAAAAGGUAAUUAAGAGUAUGAAAGCAUUUAAAGUAAUGAUAAAGACUUUUUGGGAGCAGCUGCAGGUCCAGCAGCUCCUCCAAAUUUAGAUUAGCUCGAAUAUUAAUAUACAGACGAAUAAUAAUAGUAUAUGUAGGCAUAGGCUGGUGCUGCACCAGGUCCAUGA